AUGGACGUCAAAGAUGUUUCCGACGCAGACGACUACGUUGGUUUCCUGCGGCAAACCAAGGCCAACGCAGAACGAGCCAGUAAAAGAAAAGGACAAGAAGUGAGAGAUCACCCGCCGCCUCAACAGCUGGUCUGGAGAUUCAUGUUGAAGCUUUCCGCAAAUCAUACGAGGUCAAGAUCUAUGAGCAACAUGAUUGCCACCACCCAGGUCCCGGCCCCUUAUGCGCCCUGCAUUUGCUCUGUCGACGCGCUCAAGCCCAUCAUGAUCUCUGAAAUGAGACUCGAAACCCACUAUCGCGGACGAAAGACGCUUCUUCAUGUCUUGACGCCACCGGAUCGUAUGACGGCCGUCAUGGCUAUCGUUGAGGACGAGGAAUGCACUGCUGUCUUGCUGCAGCUGUACCACCAGCCAGACGAGUCGGUGGUACCUGCUAAGGAGACAGUGCAGCCAGGGCGCGUUUGUAUCGUUAAGGAGCCUUUCUUCAAGGCUACCACGGAUGGCUCGUACAGCGUGAGAGUGGAUCAUAUCAGCGACAUCAUCUGGCUGGACAGCACUGAUGAGCGUGUACCACCAAAGUGGAAGAAGUUGGAAUCACCGCUUAAGCAUGAUAGCCAUCACACACGGAUGCAGGGAAAUGCUGCCGUCCAGAGGGAUAGCUCCGUGUCUAAUUUGUUGUAUGGAUAUUCGUCCGCCAUCCGGGCUGCCAAGACCACCGAAGAUGCACAGUUGGCUUACCUGAAUCGCUCCCUGGCAAACCUCCGACUUGGACGUGUAGAGAACGCCCUGUCAGACGCGGUCCUCGGCAGUCAAGGCAAGGAGCUGUCGGAAAAGGGGCUCUUCCGGGAAGCUAGAGCGCUUUAUGAGCUGAGAAAUUUCAGUUUAUGUCGAGAGAAGCUCCAGACGCUCAUGACUGCAUUUCCUCACAACGAGGCUGCUGAAGCAGAGAUGCAUCGCGUCCAGGCAAGGCUGCGAGAACAGCAGACGGGCGAGUAUUCCUUCCGUCAGAUGUACAAACACGCCAGGGCUACGUCUCCAAUCAUCGACUCCGCGACCUUUGCAGUGCCCGUUGAGGUGCGCCCAUCACCUGGACGUGGGCGCGGCUUGUUCACCACAAGACCGGCUGUUGCAGGCGAGCUCCUGCUUUGCGAGAAGGCAUUCCAGUACAGCUACACUGAUAAAGAACGCAACGGUAUCAAGAUACUGAUGAACUUGAGCACCAAUCGAAUGACAAUGGGCGGCCAAGCUGACCUUCUUUCAGACAUUGUCCAAAAGUUGUACCAUAGCCCCGAGCUAGGAUCCCAGUUUCAAGAUUUGCACCAUGGGGACUACAAGGCCGUCACAGUCUCCAGGUCUGAUGGAAAUCCUGUCGUGGAUUCCUUUCUCGUAGAGAAAAUUAUCUCGCUCAACUCCUUCGGUGCCCCGAAGACAAGCCGUGCGGCAUUCCACGACAGGAUGACCGACAAGAGCAAGAAGUUUGCCUAUUCCAUCUGUGGAAUCUGGCCAUUGGCCUCGCACAUCAAUCACCGCUGCGUCAGUAACUGCCGCCGCUCCUUCAUCGGUGAUAUGCAGAUUGUCCGCGCCACCAAGAACCUCGAGGCGGGCACGGAGCUAUUCUUCUGGUACAGUCCCCCAAAAUCUGGGGACACGUACGAGGAAGCCCAGAAGGAGAUAAGGAAUUGGGAGUUCACGUGCGAUUGCACGCUAUGCCUUGAACGGAAAGCUACGCCUCCCAAGGUCUUGCGAGCGCGGAAAGCAUUCCUGGGAUACCUCAACGACGCCUUCAAGAACCCCCAGCAGGUGCAAAUUUCUAAGGUGCAGCUUCAGCUCGAGAAGAUCAGUAAAACAUACCCAACGACGAAGGGAGCGGCUACAAUUCGUUUCGAGCUCUGGGAUCCGUACUUCUCAUUAGGAGCCGCGCUGCUCUCGCAGAACAAGCCAGCCGAUGCCGUCGAGAUGACGGUAAAGGGGCUUGAGGCACUCGGCUUUGAAGUGACUGCGUGCCUGCCCAAAGGGGAUGGAAAAUUAGCGCGGCUGGAGAUUAAGGCGUGGGGGCUGGGAAACGAAUUCAACGUUAUGGCUUUCCUGACUUUGUUCCGGGCUUACAAGAGAUUAGCGCCAAAUCUCUGUGCGGUGGCUCGGCAGUAUAUCGAAACUGCCUAUAGCAUGGUUGUUGGCGAGAAGGAAACGCUGGUAGACGAGUUACCAGAGCUCGCAGAGUGUUGCUAG